UUUAAAGAAUUUUGAUUCAGAAUUUUUGAUUCAUGGUUAUGUAUCAUAGAUUUUAUGUUUCAGUUUUGAUAAAUAUGACUAAAGUAUUUUUCUAAGCAAUGAAAUGCUACUGUAAAUCAGUUAAAGGACAUCAAACAAAUAAAAGUUCAGCAUUCCGUGAGAAUGGUGAAAGAUAUGGAUCCCAGUCUUUUUUGCAUUAUCAUAUGAUGGCACAUUACAAGAGAAUAGACAAUGCUAAACCUUUGAUUGAUAAUAAGCCACCAAAAUCCUUAAAAGGUUUUGUAAACAGUUCUUAUCAAAAAAAAAAGAAAAACAAUUUUAAAAAUUAUUCUGUGAGUUAUGGAGCCUUGCUGCCUGAUUAUAAGCUUUCUGGAAGUAACAUGCGACCACAAACUGCUGACAUCUAUUUUGAACUAAAUAAUUCAGAUGAUAUAGAUUUGCCAAACAGACCAAAAACUGCUGAUAGCUUAUUGUAUUCAAGAAAUCCCCAGUCUUCUCCAUUUGUUCAUUACAGGUAUAAAAAAUAUUCAAAUGAUUACAAUAAUCUGAACAGAUAUCCUCUCAUCUCCCCACACAAAGUUUCUUCUGAAACUCAAAAAUUUGAACCGAAGAUAUCAAUAUUGAACUCUGUAUCUGACGAUGAUAAAAUGAUAGCUGAACUGAAUUUAGAUUCUAUGAGUCUAAGUGAUGAAAACAGCAAAAAAACUUAUCGAUGUGAAGAUCGAUUACCAAUUGUUAUGAGGAAUGAAAAGCAGUUGCAUGACGCCCAAGAUGAAAUUAUCACUGAUGAACAUGCCUACCUAACCUUUAUAGAAGAUAUCACUAAUGAUAUAAUUGAUAGAGGAAUCUUCUCAGACAUAGUUUUAAAGCAAGUGUUUGAAACUCAUGUUGAAAAGAACAAAAAUAAUUUAGAUGAGGAUCGAAUGCUUGAGUUAUUAAAAGAGCUUUCAAAUGACUUGGGAAUAAACAAUGCAAAUGACUUGGGCAUAAAUAAUGACCUUUCUAUUUAGUUAUGUUUCAAAAAUAAAUUGAUUUUUCAGGUUUUAUAAAAGUUACUGAAAAGUAUAUAAUAUAUUUUUUUAAAUUUUUUAUAAUUAUUUAUUUGUAUAUACUUGUUCAUUAAACAGUUUUUUAAUCGUUAUUUUAUUUAUUAAAUUAUUUGUGUAUAAAGUGUAUACUUUAUUAUGCUCUUUUUGUGUAACAUAUUUAUUGGACUAUUAGGUUAUAUUUAUUUAUACAUUAAUUGUGUAAAUUUAAUCAUUUUUUUAGUGUAUAUUAUAUUAGUAUAUUUUGCACAUAACUAAUAUUAUUUGACGUACUUUAUCGCAGAGCUCUAUCAUGUUUAUGUGAGUUACUUUAUUUUUAAUAUUUUAAAUUUAAGUUUGAAAUGUUUUAUAAUGUUGCAUUAUUUCAACAUAAAGUUUUUAAAAGUUUUAUUGUAUUAUGUUAUUUAAACAUAAAGUUUUAAAAGUUUUCAUAAUAUUAUUAAUGAGAGUGAUAAAAACGUUCAAUGUUAUAAAAUAUUACAAAAAUUAUAAUUGUAAAAAUGUUUGUUUUUUAUAUAUUUUGUGGUAUUCAAUGAAUUUAACUUUAUGCGUUUGUAAAUAAUUUAUUUAAAUACGUUUAAUUUCUAAAUUCUUUUUUUUAUUAUCAAUAUAAAUUUUUAUUAUCAAUAAUCCGUCCCUAUUUUUUUUAAAUAGUCCCUACUUUUUAUUUUAUUUUUUUUUUUUUAAAGUUUUCGCUUUAAAUAAGCAUAGUAGAUUUUUGACACUAACCCGCAUCCUAAUUUUUAUUAUCUAAAACUUUUUAUUAUCUAAAAUAUUCGACCUGAAAUAUCCGUUAUUAAAAAAAAUCAAAUCUUUUUCUUCCAAUGUUAGGAUCUCACAAUUUGGUGACCUGUCAGACCCAUACUUGUUUAAAUUUGGUUUUUGUCUUAAAACUACAGAUUUUUUAAGUGACGAAAUUAUUCUCGGAUUUAUUUCUAUAUUUUUUUCUGUAAAUAAUUUAAACCAUAUGAUAAGGAAACAGCCUUCAUUAAAAUUAUAUAUACAUUUUACUGCUUUCUAAUGCUAAUGUUUUUUAAUUAAAAUACGGUUAAAAAUUUUUUAGUCAUUUUAACUUCAAUUAUUAACAUUUUUUUCGACAAAAAAUGAUAAAGAAUUCUACUAAGGCGCUACCUUUGUAUGCAAAGUUGUACAGAAAUUUGAAUACAUCUUUAAAGGUUUUUAAAGAACCAGUACCGACAUUAAAUAGUGAUUGGGUAGGACCUGCAGAUCCUGAUUCAAAUAUUCGUAAAAUUAUUUAUUCGAAAUCAACAAGCGAUUUAGAAACUUUUCAUCAUAAACAAAGGACAAAUGAUUAUAUUUGGAACGAUAUGUUUUGGAGAGAACACAAUAAAAAAUUCUUCCACUUUCAGGCUGAUUGAGCAACAUUUACAGGUCAGCCUUUUUUCAACAAUACUUGUUUGGCGUCCGUGCUUACGAUUUUCGACUUUGACGUCGUGGAGUUGUGUUUGUUUUCAGAGCUGUUGCAUAGGUAUUUGGUCAUGACAUUUCAAGUAUAACAUUAUCUAGAAGUUUAAUUAAACUAUCUAGAAUAAACAAACAACAGGCUGCUGUAAUAUAUAAAAGUUAGUUUUUUAAGCUACUAUUGCCGUAUUUCAGAAAUAUGGCCAAGAUAUUUAUUGGUUGUUCGAACCGAGAUGUUUAUUGUACAGCAACUGAUAAACUGUUUUAGGACCAAUUAGUAAAGAACAGGAAAAUGCUUGUCUAUUUACCAGAUACACUUGAAACUGCAGCUAAAGAACAAUUAUCGGAAAUUUUUACGGUUAUCUUUCUAGUUUCUUGGUAGACAAAAAGGCAGCGAGAAAUGUGAAGCUAUCAGCCCAACACGUAAUUCAUGAAACUUUAAUUUUUAAAGCUAAGUUCAAGUUGGUUGAAGUAUCAUAGAUUCGGCUGUUUGUCAAACAGUUGAACAAAGCACAACUUAGAAUCUGAGACCCUCUCAAUUACAUUAAGUUUUUGUAAAACUUGAGAGCCUAUCCGAACAAAACGAUAGUCACAAAACACGAAUUAUUUUCAACCACCUCUACUUUCUCACUGAGCUAUUAAAUGAUGUAGUUAAAAGAGGAAUUAGUCUUCUCGAAAAUAAUAAACUAAUGACAUCACAUACGUCGUAGAUAUCCACUUUGGAAAAAUAUAGCUAAAAGCUACUAAGUUUUGAAAUUGAAUUCUUUAUUAGAUUAUAAUUUUUACCUCCAAUUUUAA